AUCAAGUGCAUUUAACACUUCUUCUAAUCAUGACGACAAUUGAUUCUUUAUUUAAAGAAACUUGGGUAAAACACGAUACGACAAAUCCGAAUAAAACCCGAGCCUUCUUCACUUUGUGGUACAUCAACAGCACCGGCCAAGCUUUGGACUCUUGCAGCAUUCGUAAUUAAAAUCGCAUCCUCCAAAUCAAUCCUGCAACAAGAAGGAAAGCAUGGCCGAUCAACCUCGCCGGCGAAGAAAUCGCCUGGACAGCAAGCAGAUGUGGGAUGAGUCCGAACGUCGCAGCCGCCACGAACCAGACGGACGCGACAAGAGGGAUGAUCGCGGUCGAGAUCGAGAAGACAGCCACCGCGAUAAAGAUCGUCGCUACCGAUCUAGAUCGCGAUCGCCCCGACAAGACCGCCGCGAAAAGCAUCGUGACCGUCGCGAGCCUGAGAGAGAUCGAGCUCGAGACAACGAUAGAGUGCGGGCUAAAGGUAAUGAUCACCACGAUAGGAGGGGAGGGGGUAGGGAUAGGCGACGCGGUAGAGACGAGGGCGCAGCCAGAGGCUCGGGACGAGACCGAAGCCCACGGCGCUCUGCAUCACCCGCUCGAAGCCCAGCCGGCAAACCAGACCGCACCACACACUCGCACAGCAACUCUCCGCUCCCAACCCGAUCACGCCUCAUCAACAGCAAGCCCGAGCCCAGCGCAUCAUCACUAUCGUUCAAAGUCUGUACCAAACCCAAAUACCAACCAUUUGACGAGGAAGCUCCCAGCCGCGGUAGCGGCAGUAGGAGCGCAACAGGGGGCAAACACGACGCACAGGAAGACCCGGAGGAUAGUAGAAGGCGGACCACCGAGACGCCGGAUAGAGGAGACGCUAUGGACGAGGACAAGGAAGACGAUGAUGAUGAUGAUGUAGUGGUGGAAGAGGAUGGCGGCCUAAGCGCGAUGCAAGCUAUGAUGGGUUUUGGCGGCUUUGGCACGACGAAGGGCACGCAUGUCCUGGGCAAUAACGCAGGUGCUGUGCGCAAGGAGAAGAAGACCGAGUACCGCCAGUACAUGAAUCGCGUCGGCGGUUUCAACCGUCCUCUAAGUCCGACGCGGCAGUAGUUUCUUUUAUGUUAGGUACCUAAUCUACGUGGGAAAAGAGAAAUCAUGAGGUGGAGAAAAAAAGGAUUAUUCUACGGCCAACGUGCUUAGGUACUAAAGAUAUUGAUAUUAAGAUGAAUCGGUUAUGAGGAGCGGCGGCUAGGUUGUUUACUCAUAAUUCGAUACUCGGUCACAGUUAUUAUACCAAGGAGUCUGGUUUUAUAUAAUAAUUAUUAAAACAACGUCGGACUUGGAUUUGCUAUACCCUAUGUAUAUAUCGAGUCCCUAAUUAAGAUCAUUAUUUUGAUAUAAAGUA